AGCGGCAGAGAAAAGAGCAGCUGAGGAGGAAGGUCUGGGAAGGAGGAGGAGUGUGAGAGGAGGAGGAGGCGGUAGUUGUAGAGGAGGAGGAGGAGGAGGAGGAGGGGAGUGCUGGUGGGAGAGGAGGAGGAGGAGAUGUGCCUGUGCUGCUGCCUCCCUGCUGGGGGGAGCGGCUGUAGAUCUCGUCACCUCGGCCAGGGAUCUGUAGACCGGAGGAGGGUAGAGGGGGUUUCUCCUCCCCGGGCAGGGUCCAAGGGCUUGUGCGAUGUCUGAGGCAGCUUCGGGCGGAGGGACGAUGGUGUGUGUAGCCGCUUCUGGGAGCAGCGCAUUACCUCAGGGAUCCCCGGCCGUAGUGGCUUCAGCCGCCCCAGGAGCAGCCCGGGGAGCCGAGAGCCCAGCAGCAGCUGCCGGGGGAGGAGGUGUUGGAUCGGCGCCGCUCAGGAUCGCUGCCAAGAAGGGUCAGUUGCGCUCAGCUCCCUGGGCCAAGAAACUGGAGAAACUCGGAGUGUACUCUGCCUGCAAGGCGGAUGAAACUUGUAAGUGCAAUGGCUGGAAAAACCCAAACCCUCCUCCAACACCCCCUAGGAUGGAUCUCCAGCAGACAGUUGUCAGCCUCGCUGAGCCAUGUCGAAGCUGUGGCCAUCCACUUGCUGCGCAUGUAUCUCAUUUGGAGAAUGUGUCAGAAGAAGAAAUGAACCGGCUCCUGGGGAUUGUAUUAGAUAUUGAAUAUUUGUUCACUUGUGUGCAUAAAGAGGAAGAUGCUGAUACCAAACAAGUUUAUUUCUACCUAUUUAAGCUUUUGAGGAAGUGUAUCCUGCAAAUGGUGAAACCUGCAGUGGAAGGAUCAUUGGGUUCCCCACCAUUUGAGAAGCCCAGUAUUGAGCAGGGUGUAAAUAAUUUUGUGCAGUACAAGUUCAGCCAUUUGCCUUCAAAAGAAAGACAGACCAUUAUAGAGCUGGCUAAAAUGUUCCUGAAACGCAUAAACUACUGGCAUCUGGAAACUCCAUCCCAGCGAAGACUAAGGUCACCAAAUGAUGAUGUUGCUGAAUAUAAGGAGAACUAUACAAGGUGGCUGUGUUAUUGUAAUGUCCCGCAGUUCUGUGACAGUUUGAAUCGAUAUGAAACAACACAGGUAUUCGGGAGGACCCUGCUUCGCUCCAACUUCACUGUGAUGCGGCGGCAGUUACUGGAACAGGCCAGGCAGGAGAAAGAUAAACUUCCGCAGGAGAAGCGAACGUUGAUCCUGACCCAUUUCCCUAAGUUCUUAUCUAUGCUGGAGGAAGAGGUUUACAGUUCCAAUUCUCCAAUAUGGGAUGAAGAUUAUAUGUCAACAUCAUCCCAGACUAAUGAUCUUGGAAUUCAAGCAGUUAUCAGCACACCCCCUGUCGCUAGGUCUGUUGCUUAUGCUGCAAGCCCUUCACCAUUGGAGCAGUCCAGCAGUGGGAACCUGAGUCCAUCUGGAAAACCAGCUUGUGCCCUUGAAACAAACUUAGGUGAUAAAAGAAAAAGCAGUGAGCCAUUUGCUGCAGAAGAUGCUAAAAAGCCCAGAGUUGUAGGAGACAUUCCAAUUGAGUUGGUCAAUGAAGUCAUGUCUACAAUAACAGACCCUACUGCCAUGCUUGGACCGGAAACAAGCUUCUUGUCGGCCAUUUCAGCCAGAGAUGAAGCAGCCAGACUGGAGGAACGCAGGGGUGUCAUUGAGUUCCAUGUGGUUGGGAAUUCUUUAAAUCAGAAGCCCAACAAGAAGAUCAUGAUUUGGCUUGUUGGGUUACAAAAUGUUUUCUCUCAUCAGCUACCUAGAAUGCCCAAGGAAUACAUCACACGGCUUGUUUUUGAUCCAAAACACAAAACUCUUGCUCUCAUCAAAGACGGGCGUGUCAUUGGUGGGAUUUGUUUCCGAAUGUUUCCAACCCAGGGCUUUACGGAAAUUGUCUUCUGUGCUGUAACAUCAAAUGAGCAAGUGAAGGGCUAUGGAACCCAUUUAAUGAAUCAUCUCAAGGAGUACCACAUUAAGCAUAAUGUGCUGAAUUUCCUUACAUAUGCAGAUGAGUAUGCUAUAGGCUACUUCAAAAAACAGGGUUUUUCUAAAGAUAUUAAAGUGCCUAAAGCCAGAUAUGUUGGGUACAUCAAGGAUUAUGAAGGAGCUACCUUAAUGGGGUGUGAAUUGAAUCCCAAAAUUCCAUACACUGAAUUCUCUGUCAUCAUAAAGAAACAGAAAGAGAUUAUUAAAAAGAUUAUUGAGCGAAAGCAAGCACAAAUUCGAAAAGUAUACCCUGGACUCUCCUGCUUUAAGGAAGGAGUGCGGCAGAUUCCCAUUGAAAGCAUUCCUGGGAUAAGAGAAACUGGUUGGAAGCCCAGCAUAAAAGAAAGAAGUAAAGAGCCCAAAGAUCCAGAUCAACUUUACAACAUAUUAAAAACCAUCCUUCAACAGGUAAAGAGUCAUCAAAGUGCCUGGCCCUUCAUGGAACCUGUAAAGAGAACAGAAGCGCCUGGCUAUUAUGAAGUGAUACGAUUUCCCAUGGAUCUCAAAACCAUGAGCGAGAGAGUGAAGAACAAGUACUAUGUGACCAAGAAACUGUUCAUGGCUGACCUGCAGCGCAUCUUCACAAACUGCAGAGAGUACAAUCCACCCGAAAGCGAAUACUUCAAAUGCGCAAAUAUUCUGGAGAAAUUCUUUUAUUCCAAAAUUAAGGAAGCUGGGCUAAUAGACAAAUGAGAAGCCAUUCUAUUAGCCACUGUGCCUCUUAAUAUUGGCUGGCCUACUGUUUAGUGCACUUGAUUUAUACAUUUGCACUCCUUUCAAAAACCUACUAAUCCUCAUAAUCGUAUUUUCUUUUACAGUGCAGAGCAUACUGUUUCUUGCCUAAAGAAAACAAAUAGCAGCGUUUUAUUGUUUUUUCCCGUUGUCUGUACUGGAGAUGGACAUUUUAUUUUAUUUUUUAAAGUUUAUUUUCUAUAGAAAAGGUGCUUGAAAUUCUUAGGACUUGUGUGUGUGUGUGUGUCUAUGUAUAUUGUGUAUGUAUAUAUAAAUGUAUGUAUAUACAGACACACAAUAUUAUAGACAUGCAAACAUUAAAAGGUCCUGAUGCGCUGUUUUGUAUAUUUAGAGGUGUUUUGUAUUAUAAUGUAAAGUUACAUUAAUUGUAAAACCACUGAUCUUACAAGGUUAUUUUCCAGUGGUUCUAUAAUUGAUUAUAUCUGCUUAUGCCGGACAUAAGUUGAAAUCAUAAUCUGAUGUUACCGUGUACACAAAGACACUAAUGCUUGGCUUGCAGAGGUUAGAGUUUUACUAAUAAUGCAGUUAUUUUAUACAUGACUAUUUUAAGAAUGACAUUUCCGUAGUAUUAAUGUUGUUGUUGUACCUGUAACACAUUUCCCCUAUCUUUAAUAUAUAUAUAUAUAGUCUAGGGUACAGUAUAUUUCUACCGAAGCACGGAUUUAGUAGGGGAGGUACGUGGAAAACACAUUUAUCCUGGUCUACAAAUAGGUUUUAUGUCUUUUAAACCAGCAGUUUGGGUAAAGAUACUUCACAUUUUAAAGCCUCUAUUCAUGUGUGAUCGAUAUCACUAAUUUUGCAGCUUUCAUACAUACAUAUAAUUCUAACCUUUUUAAAUGUACUGUAAAAUAGGCCCACUGGGACUAUGCCAUAUCAGGAUAUAAUUUAAAGAUAAUGUAGGAAAUCCCCACAAUAUCUAUACAUUGCAGCCUGUGCCCAUUGGCUGCUGAAAUAAGGUUUUUUAGAAAUUAAAAUUCACUUGUUUUCUAGUUAGAAACUACAGUUAUGUAUAUAUAAGAAAUAUGCUUCCGUAGUAUGCACUUGAAAAAAAAAAAAAACGUUAAUUUGAAAAUAGUCUUUUUUUAUUGGUAUUGUAAUGUUAUAAAGUGAAGAAAUGGUUUGGAUCCUGGUAGGAAAAUAUUCCAUAUAAAUAUAUCUUCCAUUUAUAAUAGUAUACAAGGACAGAGCCUUCAGUAUCUGGACAGUUGCAUUUAAAAUAUAUAAGCUAGCUGUAGUUUUUCUAUCUUUAGGGCACAUUUCAUAUUUGCAAUUGUAGCCAGUGGCCGGUAAAUUUGCUGUGGCUAAUGGGAAGCAGUAGAUACUAUUGGUUGUACAUAAGAAAGCUUAUGGCAGACAGGCAUGUGCUAUCACCAUGUCCAGUGGGAAUGAUCUUGUAUUGAUGGCUGGGUUGUUAUUCCUCCCCUAUGUAUAGAUGAAUCCAUCGAGAUCUCACAUUUUGUUGCACCAUGUUGACUUCUUUUUGUAGU